GCGGCGCAGGUGAUGGCCGUAAUUCAUGCUGACGCAGCAACCGCGGGGCUCCACUCAGGCACCGGCACAGCGGCUCUGAGCGCUCCCGGUUAUCGGUUACCGAGUGACUGUUUAUCACCGACAGCCUGCCGAUAAAGCUCACUGUGAGAUUUAACCGUUUGGCACGGAAACAUUUGGAGUUGACUCCGUCUUCAGUCCCGUUAACCGGAGAGUAACGCAGCCGUCAUGCCGCCGGUGUUGAACAGCACCAACUAUGAUUAUGACUACGACAUGGUCCAGCCCUGCUACUUCCUGGGUGGAGAAGAGGAAGACUUCUACCCUCCUCCACGCAGCCAGCUCCUACCGGGUCCCAGCGAAGACAUCUGGAAGAAGUUCGAGCUGCUGCCCACGCCUCCCUCGUCCCCCAGCCGGAGACCCUCCCUGUCCGCCGCCGACCACUUGGAGGCGGUGUCCGACCUCCUGGACGACGACCGCAACCCCUCUGCAGCCUUCCUGCAGUCCUUCAUCAUCCAGGACUGCAUGUGGAGCAGCAGCUUUGCCGCCGCCACCGAGCUGGAGAAGGUGGUGUCAGAGAGACUGGCCUCGCUGCAGGCUCGCGGGAACUCCUCCAACACUAAGAUCAUCGCAGACAGAUCAGCUGACGAGCAGGUGGGCGGGUCUCGAGAGAGCACAGAGUACCUGCGGGACCUGCACACCUCAGCGACAGACUGCAUCGACCCCUCUGUGGUGUUCCUGGGUGAGAAGCAGAGGGAAGAUGGCGUGGCGAUGGAGGUGGGGUCUGAGCUGAGCCUGGACUCGCCGCCGCUCAGCAGCAGUGACAGUGACUCAGAGGAGGACGAGGAUGAGGAUGAGGAAGAGAUCGACGUGGUGACGGUGGACAGAAGAAAGACACCCCGGCGGUCGCACCCGACCCCUCUGGUCCUGAAACGCUCUCACGUCAACAUCCACCAACACAACUAUGCUGCGCAGCAACCUGCCGGGAAACGGGUGAAGGUGGAGAACAGCGGCCCGGCGCAGAGGCAGAGCGCCGGGCGCCGGUGUUGGAGCCCAAAGUCGGACGGCGAGGACGACGACAAACGCAGGACUCACAACGUGCUGGAGAGGCAGCGGCGAAACGAGCUGAAGCUGAGCUUCGUGGCUCUGAGGGAGGAGGUCCCGGCGGUGGCCAACAACGAGAAAGCGGCGAAGGUGGUGAUCCUGAGGAAGGCGGUGGAGUUCAUCAUGGAGGUCAGAGAGGAGGAGAGGAAGCUGUUGGCGAAGAAGGAUGGACUGAGGAAGAGGAGUAGAGAGCUGAAGCAGAGGCUGCAGCAGCUCAGGACUUUACAUUAACUUUACUGCUCUUAGUUUCUUCAUGUUGGAAAUGACUGACGGCACCUGAACUCAGCACGGCGCCCGGGGAGCUCGCUGCUGCACUGCAAUCACAUUUUUGUCUUUAUUUAUUUAUGUUUUGCUGACAAACGUAACUUUAAAAUUUUCGUGCAUCGUUCCAGUUUGAGGGGAAAUGUGUUGACAGCUGAUUAUGAACAAUAAUUUAAUGUUUUCACUUUAUUUAAUUUUUUUACUCCCUAAAGCUUUGUAUUCUAAUUGUGAUUUUUAUCUUCAGAAUUUAUUUUUAUAAUUGUUCAAGAAUCAUGUGCACUAAAAGGAAGUACAUUUGAAGUGUUCUGAUCCUUCAGAAUAAAAGUCCUGUGUAGAUCCAUUCA